AUGGAUGAGGACAGAACUAGUAGCAGCAGCAGUAUUAGUAGCAGUAUGGAUGAGGACAGAACUAGUAGCAGCAGCAGUAUUAGUAGCAGUAUGGAUAAGGACAGAACUAGUAGCAGCAGCAGUAUUAGUAGCAGUAUGGAUGAGGACAGAACUAGUAGCAGCAGCAGUAUUAGUAGCAGUAUGGAUAAGGACAGAACUGGUAGCAGCAGCAGUAUUAGUAGCAGUAUGGAUAAGGACAGAACUGGUAGCAGCAGCAGUAUUAGUAGCAGUAUGGAUAAGGACAGAACUGGUAGCAGCAGUAGUAUUAGUAGCAGUAUGUAUGAGAACAGAACUGGUAGCAGCAGCAGUAUUAGUAGCAGUAUGGAUGAGGACAGAACUAGUAGCAGCAGCAGUAUUAGUAGCAGUAUGGAUGAGGACAGAAGUGGUAGCAGCAGUAGUAUUAGUAGCAGUAUGGAUGAGGACAGAACUAGUAGCAGCAGCAGUAUUAGUAGCAGUAUGGAUGAGGACAGAACUAGUAGCGGCAGCAGUAUUAGUAGCAGUAUGGAUGAGGACAGAACUGGUAGCAGCAGUAGUAUUAGUAGCAGUAUGGAUGAGGACAGAACUGGUAGCAGCAGUAGUAUUAGUAGCAGUAUGGAUGAGGACAGAACUAGUAGCAGCAGCAUUAUUAGUAGCAGUAUGGAUGAGGACAGAACUGGUAGCAGCAGUAGUAUUAGUAGCAGUAUGGAUGAGGACAGAACUGGUAGCAGCAGCAGUAUUAGUAGCAGUAUGGAUGAGGACAGAACUGGUAGCAGCAGUAGUAUUAGUAGCAGUAUGGAUGAGGACAGAACUGGUAGCAGCAAUAGUAUUAGUAGCAGUAUGGAUGAGGACAGAACUGGUAGCAGCAGUAGUAUUUGUAGCAGUAUGGAUAAAGGACAGAACUGGUAG